AAGUCGGUUUCAUGUCUUUGAUUAUAUUGAUAUUUUUACUUAUCAUUGAGGCAAUGUUUAUUGUAUUUAAGUCCGCUAAGGAAGCUUGGGGCCUGUGUGUACAAUAACAAGAACGGAUUUUCGUGGUUUUGCGCUUCCGGUUAGUCUCGUUUUCAAAGCUUCAUAGCAAUGAUGGCGGACUAUGCGAGUCGGAGAGCAACGAGAGUUUGUUUAUAAUCUGUAUCACUUUCAAAGUGGAAGUUCUCAUCUGGUCGCACUUUUUGCAUGCUUUCACCUUCAUGCUGGUGGAAAUCAGGGGAAAUCAGAAAGGGUUCUGAUUGGACUACUUCGUUUUGUUUUGUUCGGCGAAAUAUAACAAUCUGGUUAUUUCUGAUCAACCAGUUUUGAAAGAGACGAUAUAUAUCAAUAUUUCAUCUGCAUUUGGGACGUGCAUUCAUUUGAACUUACUGGAUUAAGAAAGUAUCAUGGCAUUGAAACCAGUGCUGAAGACAAAGGUUGAUGAGCUGUUCUUGAGAUGGCUCAGCGAUCCAGAUGUUCAGAUAUCCCUACGAGGGAGCUUACAGCAGAUCGGGAAAGGCGAAUCUGUAUGUGGGUCAGGGCACCAAAGCUCCUCUUUCGGGGUCCGCGGAUCGUCGCAGCGGGCAGGGAAUGCGCUGCUGUCGCCAGGAAGUCCCAAGUUGCCAAGCCCCCGGAGUCCUCGUCGGCCUCUUCAGACCAAGAAGCACAACCAAGACAGCAACAGG